ACCCUUCGAGGAACCACCGGAAGCGGAAGCACAGUACAACGUUCGGGGCCAGGGAGUUUGGGAAAGAGUUUUGAGAGUCCCAGACGGAGGGGAUAGGGGGCCGUGGAAAGGGGCAAGGCUGGUUGGAUCCUUUCCAGACUCUUCCUUCUCACAGCAAGUCUCCUACCCCAGUCACCUCUGCUGUCUAGGGAACUGAUCUUCUCUCCAACUUACUCGUCGGGUCUUUGUCGCUGGUCGAGCGCCUCGCCUGAGUCAGGGCAGCCACUACAGACCCCCAACGGCACCCAUCCUGGGCUACGGCCUUCUGAGGCCGGAGAAUAGCUCCAUCUUGCCAUACAAGCCAAGCCAACCAGAGCCUCUCCCAAAUCCUGCUCCCAGAGAAGCACCAAGUCUGUCUUUGUUUUGGAAGAUGACUUCCCGACAUAGGAUCAAGGAACAUUUAAAGGGUUAAGCUGAUCAUUUUUCUUAAUGCUCUCCCAAAAACCAUGUCUAAGCCCUCCCUCAUCACCUUCACCCGGGCCACCAACCCCAGUGACCUCUGGAAAGAUGGGCAGCAGCAGUCACAGCCUGAAGAACUGGAACCUAUCCUGGAUGGGGCUGCAACCCGGGCUUUCUACGAGGCCUUGAUAAGGGAUGAGAGCAGUGCCUCUGAACCUCAGGGAUGUCAGCCUGAGCUUCCCAGUGUGAGAAAGAGGAAAAAGAGAAGAACUACGAGGGCGACAGCUACGGAAGCAGCAGCAUCAGGAACAUCAGAAGGACAGAGAGAAAGGCGAUCCCUUGAGGCAGAGGACAGAAUGACCCAGAGGAUACUGAUGGCAGCCCAGGAGGGGAACCUGGUAGAACUUCGAAGGCUGUUGGAUCCCCUUGAAGCAGGGGGAGCUGGGGGGAAUAUCAAUGCUCGGGAUGCUUUCUGGUGGACCCCUCUGAUGUGUGCUGCUAGAGCAGGCCAGGGGGCAGCUGUACACUAUCUCCUUGGCCGUGGAGCUGCCUGGGUAGGGGUAUGCGAGCUGGGUGGUAAGGAUGCUGCUCAGCUAGCUGAAGAAGCAGGCUUCCCUGAGGUGGCCCGCAUCGUCAGAGAGAGCCAUGGAGAGACAAGGAGUACAGAGAACCGGUUCCACUCUCCCUCUCCCCAGUAUUGUGAGACCUGUGAUGCCCACUUCCAAGAUUCCAACCACCGGUCAUCCACUGCUCACCUGCUGUCAUUGUCCCGUGGUCACCGGCCCUCCAAUCUGCCUCUUGGGGUGCCCACUUCCAGCCCAGGCUUCAAGCUGCUGCUGCGGGGGGGCUGGGAGCCUGGAAUGGGGCUGGGACCCCGGGGUGAGGGCCGAGCCAACCCCAUCCCAACUAUCCUCAAGAGGGACCAGGAAGGGCUAGGCUACAGAUCAGUGCUCCAGCCCCGAGUCACGCACUUCCCAGCUCGGGACACUCGGGCUGUGGCUGGGAAGGAGAGAUCCCUUCGGGUAGCCACACUAAGCCGGAGGGAGGAGAGAAGGAAAGAGGAAAAAGACAGGGCCUGGGAGCGGGAUCUGAGGACAUAUAUGAACCUUGAGUUCUGACUUUAGCAAGAUCUGAUUCUGGUCAGCUGGGGAAGUCUGAACUUAGGUCUCUGACCUGGGCGCUUGGGCUGCUUCUUCCUGGGUUCUGUGCAAAUCUCAGGCUUAGGUCAGCGGACACUGCCUUUGGGAAGGAGGGACUGAGAGUUGACAAAUAAACCAACCAUCUCUCUCUUUUGUGUUUUAUUCACUUUCCUGGACACUGUUUCAGGAACGCCAAGUCUGGGAGCCACAUGCAAGUCCUGCUGGAGCCAGAGGGGGAAGCCCCUUCUGGGAGGUGGUUAGGGUCACCUCUCUGCCAAUCUGGGUCACUUCCAGGUCCUAGUCCUUGCCUGAAAUGUCCCAUUUUAUUCCCAUGCCACCACCAGGAAUUGCUUAAUUCAAUACAAGUUUUCUUCCAUGUCCCCUGUCAUUUUCUGGAACUAUUUCUUAUGUGCUAAAAGUAGAACUAAGAUAUUCCUGGAGGAGACAGCCCUGUCACCAAAUAUAAUGCAUAGUGGUGGGCCUCUGGUGGCUCAAAGGGUUAAGUCCUAGCACUAUCAAGCUAUGGGCAGCCACUGCAGCACUAGUUUGAUCCCUGGCCAGGGAGCUGACCCACAUGGUGUAGCAGACCUCUCCCCUCUUGCUGGCUGCUCCCCUCAGCAGUGUAUUUCAGUAGAUUUGCCAGUUCUGCUCCCCACUGUCUGGUGAAUCUUCUCAACCCACCCCACACCUCUGGCCUACACAUCAGCUCUUAUAUGUAUGUAUAAAU